GUCAGCCGAAUAUGGCUGCGCCCGGGCCAGUUAAGCAAAGGUUGCCUUGAGCCUCGGCAUAGCUGAGGAGGACCGGGGGAGGCACCAGCUGCUUAAAGAAGGGGAGCAUAAGGUUCCAAGAUGGAAAAUCAUGAACUAGAUGAUACUAUCAAGGAAAACUUAAAAACUCUUAAUAUUGUAACCAGAAAAAUUAACCAACUUCCAGAAGCAGAAAAGUAUCUGCUUGAACAUGGAUCAACAUAUGUUGGACUUAAUGCUGCUCUCUGUGGCCUAAUAGCAAACAGUCUUUUUCGACGCGUCUUAAAUGUGACACAGGGUCGGCUAGCUGCCAGCUUACCAAUGGCAGUGAUUCCGUUCUUGACAGCACAAAUAUCUUAUAAAGGUUUUGUAAGUUUACCUUUGAGUACAGGUAAUUUGAGCUGUGAAACUUGUACUGUAACAAGGAGUGGACUGGUUGGACUUAUUUUCAGUGGUCUUUAUCCUGUUAUCUUGGCUAUACCUGUGAAUGGUGGCCUAGCAGCCAGAUAUAACACAGCCCUGCUACCAGAGAAAGGAAACAUCUUAACCUACUGGAUUAGAAUCUCUAAGCCUGUCUUUAGAAAGAUGCUGUUUCCCAUUUUGCUCCAGACUGUGUUUGCAGCAUACCUUGGGUCUAGACAAUAUAAACUACUCAUAAAAGCCCUUCAGUUACCUGAACCUGGCCUAGAAACUCCCUGAUUUAAAACAAAUAUGUGCACAAAAAUAAAAUGGUAAAAACCUAUGUCUAAUGUAUGAAUAAACAGACUUGUAAUUUAUUAUGUAAGGUACUACUUUGGGAUCUACAAAAGGCUACACAGGACAAAAAAGGCUGAAUCCCAGUAAAGGCUACCCACUUAAACAAGAGCACGACUUCUCUAGGUUGCCCAAUAUUGUCUCUUCCAUCUAGCUCACUCUACUCCUUUACAUUAGGCAUUGAGUUUGGUCUAAAGGAAAAGAUAACCAUAUAGCAGUUUUCACUAAAGACCUCAUGAAGAAGCCGAACAGGAAUGAAAAUGGGAAAACAAAAAAAAUUAUCAAUAUGCUAUAGCAAAUGUUUCUAAAUUCAAAGGGUUUCCACAGGCAUUAAUCCAUGGAAUCUUAUAUUUAACAACUUUCCUCACCAAAGGAUCAAUUCAUCUUCCUCACACCACACACACACCCAUUCCCAUUCCCAUCGAGUCGAUUCUGACUCAUAGCAACCCUACAGGGCAGAGCAGAGCAGAGCUGCCCCAUAGGGUUUCCAA